UAUUUUGAAUUUUCAUACUUCCUAAUUUUUUCAAGUAACAAUGCAAUGAGUCGAGUCGAUCAGAGUUUGAAUUUAUAAAUGAUGGUUAAUUCUCACGCUGCAAUUAUCAAACGAAGGAGGAUUAGGGUACUGUUAGGAUUAGGGUCUUAUCUGUCUCUUAUCAGAUAUUCUCGAGAUUAAAGAGGAUUAAAAAUUAUACAAAAUAUCAGGAUUUCUCAGUGAGCUCCUAGUUUCCUUGAGCGCUACUAGUGGGCUAGAGUCGUGAGAGACAGCAGCGAAUUGAGAGGUAUUUGACGUUUUAAUAAACGUCAAGCGGGUUAAGAACUUGUUCGUGGUUUGAACGUACUAAACUGCAAACAGUUUGGCACGUACACCAUCAUCUGUAUCUUCUUGUUGAUUUUGAAAUGGCAGAUGGAAACGAAAAGGCAAUUGCAUGCAAUAUUGGUUUUAUUGGCGCUGGAAAUAUGGCUUGGGCAAUUGGAGAGGGUUUAGUGAAGACAGGUGCUGUAUCUUCUACACAGAUCAUUGUAUCAGCACCAACAGAUAAUAAUUUGGGCCGUUGGAGACAAUUAGGGUCAAAAACAAGCUUUGAAAAUGGUGAUGUGAUUAAAAAUUCUGAUGUCAUAAUCCUUGCUAUGAAACCCAAUAAACUAGAUGAAGCAUUAAAUGAUGCAAUAAGAACUCUUCCUCCCAAUGAAGUACACAGCAAGGUUUUUGUGUCCUUACUUGCUGGUGUUAAAGUGGAUGGUGUUCAUAGCAAAGUUAAUGCAGUGGUCCCAAAAAGUCGUGUAGUACGUGUGAUGCCUAAUACACCAGUGGCUGUUGGUGCUGGAGCAUCAAUUUAUUGUCGUGGUCCCACUGCCACAACUGAAGAUUUAAAUUUGGUGAAGAAAAUUUUUAGCUGUGGAGGAAUUUGUGAAGAAGUACCUGAAAAUCUUAUGGAUAGUGCAGGUGCUCUGUGUGGGUGUGGGCCUGCUUUUAUCUACAUAAUGAUUGAAGCUUUGGCAGAUGGAGCAGUGAAAAUGGGAGUUCCUCGAGCAAUGGCUACAAAGUUUGCUGCACAGACUGUGAAAGGAGCAUCUAUGAUGGUUUUGGAAACUGGUAAACAUCCAGGUUUACUGAAAGAUGAGGUCUGUUCACCAGGUGGCACUACUAUAACUGGAGUUCAUGCAAUGGAAAAAUCAGGAGUGAGAAGUGCUUUGAUGGACGCUAUAGAAGCAGCAGCAAAACGAUCAAUUGAACUUGGAAAUAAAUAUUGAUAAGUCAGUAUUUAAAAGAACUUCUUUGUGAAUAGAUCUGAGUGGAGCUAAAUGACUUGGUCAAAUAUUUUAACUGUAGUUAUAGAAUAUAAUUUGUAAAGCUGUGAUAUCUUUGUAAUUUUGAGAAUUGUAUAUAAAAUUGGAUUUGAAUUAAUCAAAUUUUUGGUUCUUUAUAUUUGAUGCAGUUACCCUCUCCAAAACUCUUAUUAGAGUAGGGUUUGUAUACAUUUUGAACAAUGUUAUUACCUCAUUUUUGCGAACUUUGCCCAAUGUUCUGUAUUCUUUUUUUUUUUUUUUCCCUUCAUUUUUGUGCCCUAUAACUAAAAAUACUAUUAAACAAUAAAUUUCGACUAAAGACAUAUGAAAAGUCCCAAAAGAUGGUUAUCCUGUGUACCCUCCUGCCCUCCACACAUGUUUAUUUAUUGUAAGUGGUGCAUCGGAGUGAAGUUACCAAAUUAACUUGAAGCGCUCCAACAGCACAUACGUUUUCGCAAUAUUAUGUUAUGUAAUACAUCACAAUUUCUGCCUUGCACUUCAAAUAUCACUUUACCUCCUAAAUAAACGAAGCGUGAUAUAUAUAUAUAUAGUCUUAAAACGU